AUGCCUCCUCGAAUCCCCACAGAAGAUGACUUCUCCCCUCUAUCAAGCACCCUCCCUCACACUCUUCACUUCCCCUCACCACCAGAAUCAACCACCACAUUCCUCAUUCUCUUCCACGGUCUAGGCGACCACGACGUUCCCUUCGCCUCUUUCGCCAAGAACCUCAACCUCCCCGGCGUUCUCGCCAUCUCUGUACGCGGCACAUCCGUUCUACCCGCUGCACUUCUGGGUGGUGAUAGACCAGGGUAUCAUUGGGGUGAUGAUCUUACUGUGGAUCCCAGCACGGGAGAUAUUGCUGAUGAUUCUGGUUUCGAGAAGGCCAGAACAUUGGUUAUGGAGAAGCUAAUCGGGGAGGUUCUUAUUGAGAAGUGUGGGUGGGAGAUGAGAGACAUCAUGUUCUUUGGGUUUGGACAGGGUGGUUCACUUGCUCUUGGUCUUGCAGCCUCUCUUAACAAAACUCCUCGGGUCACUGAUGUUUCUGAGGGUGAGAGCACAUCACCAGGCAACAAGAAGUUCAAAGGCGCCAUAUCGCUCGGUGGACCUUUACCGCAAUCUAUGGUAUCUACAGUCACAAAUCGCAGCAAGAGCAGCACAAGCGUGUUGGUAUGCCAACUCAACGAAGACGCUGUUGAUGCUGUGAAGCGAGAGUUUGAUGAUGUCAAGGUUGUGCAGUGGAAGAGACGUGAGGUGAGCAUGCCAAUGAACAGAGAUGAGGUGUUGCCUUUGAUGCAGUUCUUUGCGGAUAAGCUCAAGAAUGAAUGGUAG